AUGUCAUCUAAACAGGGGAAGAGUUUAGCUGUGCCGAAAUUUGGCUCUUUCAAGCCCAAACCUGAGCCAACACAAAUCCAACCAAAUAAUGAAGAUGAUAAACCAAGACAACAUGACGAACGCCAUAUUUCUCGAAAAGAAAACACCCGCCAUUCUUUAGCAGGUAAAUCUGAUCAGCAUGAUAGUGCCCACACUCAUGAAAUCUCAUAUCGUCCAUCCCCGUCGGAACAAGCAAAAGAUGGUCUAUUCAUUUAUGACAAACGAGGUGAUACCUUAAUUAGGAGGUAUGGUAGUAUCAACCGUCGUGACGUUCCCAACUACCGCCGUUUUGGAUCCGGUCGUAUUCUUGGAGUCGAUGGCUAUAUGAUAAUCGAUCAUACCAAGAGCUAUGAUGAGUUCUUCAUAUUAACUCAUCAUGAAACCCGUUCCCUGCUUAGUAGUGACAGAAAGACCCUCUUAGCUAAAGGUCAUCUUAAAUCUCAACCUAUCAGGGUUCGACGGGAACAGUCACAGACAGUGUCAGGGUCUGAGGAUUUUGUACCUCUUAAAUCUUCAAGGAAACGAAAGCGAGCCGGUUCCGAACCAGAGAGUUCGUCGAGCGAGGAAGAGCAGUCGUAUAGAUCAAUCCAUGGGAAAAGCAAGAAUCAUGAGCAUUACGAUAGUGAUGUGGACUAUGACAGUGACACCUCUACAGGCCCAAGGGAUCUCGAAUUGGAUGAUCCUAUAAAUUUGAAGUCGGUUGAGUUAUCUAGGGCAGUACGAGACCAUCCCGAAGAUAUCGACGCCUGGUUUAAGUUAGUCGAUCAUCAAGACACGCUUCUGCGAGUAGGCGCUCAACAUGAGCGCCACCCAACUACAGCAGAAGUCAGAAGCUUUGCUGAUAUCAAAUUAUCAAUGCUCCAGCAGGCAUAUUCUCACGCAACAACUAAUUUACAACGAGAGAAGUUACAGUUAAGAAUCAUGCGAGAAGGUUCAAAAGUGUGGGACGCCAAGGUCCUUACAAAACGAUGGGACGAAGCAUUCGAGAAGCACGGAACUAGUUUUGGGUUGUGGAGGGAACAUACAAAUUUCGAACAGACGAGGCUGUCAACUUUCCAGUACGAGAAGAUCAAGAAACUCUAUGUUGAGCGAUUACGGUACUUGGAAUCAGAGGUUUCGAAUAAAGAAUCACAUUCAGAUCGUAUUCAAAUCUAUGAACAUAUGAUAUAUGUGUUCCUUAGGGCCACACGAUUCAUCUCAGAUGCCGGAUUUAGAGAUCUUGCCACAGCAGCAUGGCAAGCUACACUAGAAUUGACAUUUUCCCGGCCCUCGACUCUAACGGAACAAUCUGAUAUCGGAAUACCAUCUAGCUUCCAAGAAUUUUGGGACAGCGAAGUGCCGCGGAUAGGAGAGGAAUUAGCUCAGGGAUGGGCUGUUUUUGAACAGAAUAGUGGGACACAGGAACCUCCCGAGCCUAAAGGUUCAGACAGAUGGUCACCACCAAAUACUCGAGAUGGGUAUAAAGCAUGGUCAGCUAUCGAGCAACAUAAAGCUCGAUCUGCUACGAAUCCCGCGCGCACCUUAGAUGACGGAGCAGAGGACGACCCAUUUCGAGUCGUCAUGUUUGCGGAUAUCCAGGAUAUACUUUUAUAUCUUCCUACAGAAGUUAUUCCUGAUAUUCAGAAUCAAUUACUAGAUGCAUUCUUGAUAUUUUGCCAGUUACCUCCCGCACACUGUUCUAGUAACAUCGUUCUGGACAUGGUUUUAGAUGAUUUCCUUAUUCGCAGUUCAGCGAAACUCAUCGUCACAGAGGCUGCACCGGAUCUAGCUACAGAUUCUGAAGGACAAGACAAAAAGCUGCCAGAAUUUCCGCACGACUACCAACAUAUGGUUACUACUCCGGAAAUACUCUUCCCAACGCCACAUUGGUUUAAGUUGAUGAAGAAUAUUCGGGAUGACGUUCCCACCGACCAAUAUCACUGGAUUUCGAUUACAUUGAAGCAACUUGUCCGUACAUUUGGGAUCCGUGAGCUUGCUCCGUACUAUCUCGCUUUCGAGUCUAUAAACGAUCCAGGAAACGAGAAGAAAACGGCCAAGGCUCUCUUAAAGCAGAAUCCAUCAAAUGUCGUUCUGUAUCGGGGCUACUCAAUACUGGAAUGGACUAAGGGCAAUAAGGACGUCGCUCGCAAUACCAUAGCUGCUGCGAUGGGUUUAACAACAAUCUCACCUCGCGAUAAGCUUUCUUUAAGCAUUGCUGCAGCGUGGAUGGAAAUUGAAGACCACAAUUUGGCCAAGGGGACACUUCAGUUAUGUGCCUUGUCAGGCGAUAAUUCUGCAACAGCGAUAUUACAAAAUACAUCUGCCUCCACGGCGCAAAUUCUCAAAACUAGACAGUUUCUGUCAUCAAACCGAGACUAUCUACUAUCAUCAGGAAAUGCGGAGGAUGCUAUCGUCUACGCCGAAGGUCUAGCUCUGCUCGAAUACUUGACGCAACAAAGUAAUAAGGAGCCUUCUGGUGGGUCCCAAGGAGAUAUUUGGUCUGCGAUUUCGAGCAUUUCAACUUUUUCGGAUGAGUUAAUUGCUCGUGAACUAGGAGAUAGUUCUCCCCAUGAGCAACUACUUCAGUUUGCUGCUCGUUUACUUUACCACUAUGCUAGUCAAGGUCCUUUUAGAUCCGGGUUCCUACGCGAGCAACUUACGAAAUACAUCAAAUUCUUCCCCCAAAAUACGAUAUUCCUCAGUCUAUUCGCGUGGAGAGAGGCACGUCUGAGCAUCGACGAUAAAGUGCGCUCUAUCCUCGACAAAGUUGUUCUAGUUGAACCACACGAUUGUGUCAGCAGUCGGGUGUUCGCCAUCCGCUACGAGUCGCGCACUGGCAACGUACACUCCACACGAGCAGCGUUCGAGCACGCCCUCGAGAGCGAGGUGUGUAAGAACCACCCCGGCUUGUGGAUAUCGUAUAUCAGGUUCUGUCACGACAAUAAGCAGCUCCGAUCCAAAGCCAAAAGCGUAUUUUAUCGAGCGAUCCAACGUUGUCCGUGGUCGAAGGAAGUGUUUAUGGAGGCGUUCGUCACGCUGCUUAGAGACAUCGAUUCAUCCGAACUUAGGUCGGUCUAUAAUACGCUCUGCGAGAAGGGAUUGAGGGUGCAUGUCGAGAUGGAUGAAUUUGUGGAUAAAUGGCGGCGGGAGCAGAAGGAAGGGAAGGGAAAGGAUAGAGUUAGGAGAUAG